UGGAGGAACUCCUUAUCAUGUUUAUUGUAUAAAUCAUAAUAUUUUAAUCAUGACAAAAUAGAUAAUUAAUUCAUAAUUGUCUUGGCAUUAAUUUAUCGUUGGGACGUUUGGGUAUUGGGUUGAUGGUAGGUAUGUUGUAAUUCGUGGUGUAAAAUGUGAAUAGUUACACUUGUUAAUACUUCCAAAACACAUUUGAAAAUAAACUGCCAAUUUGAUAAAACAUAUCAUAGAUUAUUUUGCACAAUGACCUCACACAUAAAUAUGAUGAAUAAAUGCAAAACUCUACUACCAAUUUUAUCGCACAAUCUUCAUAAAGGACAAUCUGGAAGAAUUGGUGUUAUUGGAGGUUGUGAAGAAUACACAGGAGCCCCCUACUAUGCAGCCAUUAGUGCGUUACGUACAGGAGCUGAUCUUGUUUACGUGUUUUGUUUCAAAUCUGCUGCUCCAGUCAUAAAGUCAUAUUCACCAGAACUUAUCGUGUUGCCAUAUUUGGACAGUCCAGAUUGUAUUGACCGUUUAAAGCCCUGGUUAGAAAAACUUCACUCUCUAGUUGUUGGACCGGGACUUGGUACAAGCCCUAUUGCUCAAGAUGCUGUUAGACGUAUUUUUGAACACAUCAGUAGAGAAUCAAAUUUUAAUAACAAAAGAAUGCCAAUAAUAGCUGAUGCAGAUUCUCUUAAUGUAAUUGAACCAGAAACAUUCCGAUUUUAUGAUGGUUGUAUUUAUCUUACGCCAAAUGUUCACGAAUUAACUAAAUUGUCUAGUAGACUGAUUGGGCGUCAAACAUAUGAACCAACAGUGACUGAUGUUCAGGCUCUUAUGAAUAAAUUAGGAGGUAAUUAUGUAAUAGUUCUAAAAGGAGCUGAAGAUGUAAUUGCAAACAUAAGAGGGACUUUAGUGUGUACUGAACCAGGUUCGGCUAGACGAUGUGGAGGCCAAGGAGAUAUAUUAGCCGGAAGUAUGGGCACUUUCGCUUACUGGGCUUCCAAGCAAACACAUUAUUGUGAUGAAUUAGAUCCUGAAGUUCUAGCUGCUUAUGCAGCAAGUGCACUUACUAGGCAUACAAAUAAAAUAGCGUUUAAAGCAAAAGGCAGAAAUAUGAUUACUACAGAUAUUGUCGAAUUGCUACCAAAUGCAUUCCAAACUUUAUUCUGCAACUGAAAAAAUAUAUAUUAAUUUAUAUAUUAUUUUAUUUUCAUAUUUUAUCAAUUGUUAUGUUGUACAAUGAUUUGAACAUUUAUUUUUAAGGAAUUGAUUAAUAAUUUCUAAAUAGUUUGUAUGAUAUUUAAAUAUUUAAUAGACAUAUAUAAAUUAUUCACUAAUCAGUGCUGUAUAGUGUGUUUGAUUUUUAUUGAAUAAAUUUAAUAUUAUCAUGGUUA